UUUCCCAUCAUGCAGUGCUCUUGCCUGCUCCUAUCGAGCCGCCAUGUUGUCGGAGUGAAUGCCUGGGAGUCAGAAAGAAACUGGGGCUGAAAUCCGUGACCAUCCACCCCCUCCGCCUGCUGUGGUGGAAUGAGCAGUGUGUGUGUGUUGAAGAGGAAAGCAGUGCUCUGGCAGGAUUCGUUCAGCCCCCACAUAAGAACUACAACUCCCAGCAUGCCUGUGGUGCUGAGCAGUGGAGGGCACGCCCCUCCAACAGGGCAAGUCCCUCAGGCCCCCCCUCCAAGCCAGCAGGGUGUGGCGGGUUCCGGGCGCUCCCAGGACGACGCCAUGGUCGACUACUUCUUCCAGCGGCAGCACGGAGAACAGCCCGGGAAGCACCGCUGGCCCACCGGAGACAACAUCCACGACAGCCAGGUGCGGUCGAUGGACGAACUGAAUCAUGACUGCCAGGCUCUGGCUCUAGAGGGACCACUAUGGGAGAGGUAA